UACUCUAAGUUUGAAGUAAUUACUAUUCAUAUCUGUAAAUAUAUUUUCUUAUCAAAACAUCACUCAGAGAGAUCUUGGCUUGCGUACACUACAGAGAGAUCUUGGUUUGCUUACACUACAGGGAAGCCAGUGGAGGUAAAAGAAAAGUCUGUCUGUGCGUUCCACAUAUGUGUGUUUGGUUAGGUAUACUUAAUAGUGUGAGAACGGAGUGUUUAGUUCACAGAUUAUUAAGGUUGUGCAGUAUUUCUCGUUAUCAUACGGGGACGUAACCACCUGGUUCGGUCCUCGGAACGCUGAUUAGGCUGUGUUAUACAAGGGUUAUAGGAAAAUGUAAUAAGGGGAUUGUUUAUUCUUAUGUAACCACCAGUGAAUUAUUUUUCGAGUCACGUGCAUGAAUAAUACCACCCUCGCCAGGUGAAUGAGACUGUAUACUCAUGUAAUACCCAAACACUAAUGCCCAUUAUUGCUAUUGGUGAAUGUGUGAGAUGUGUCAAGUGAUUAGUUCGGCCAGUAUUUGCACUACUGUAAUGAAAUCUUGAGCGCUACUGAAAGGAUACUUGAUGCUACCAGAUGUUAUAUGAAUGACAUGUGAAUUAGUAUUAACGCUAUCACAAGUGAAGGAAAAAUAAAGAUCAUAAAUCAGUGAGUGAAGAUAUUUCCUCACCAACUUUUUGAGAAAAAAAAAAAAAAAUAAAUAAAAAUAAUAACCUAGCUUGUGAGUGGCACAGGCUGGGCGGGGGGGGGACAUUACACAGGUAGCAAGAGCGGUGGGAUAUACAGUUGCUGUAGUUCACCGGGAGUGUGUGUUAUUCACCAAUAAUGUGGAAAAUUUCUUUUGUGGGACAGUCAAAUUCCUAAAAAUUUUGAGUUCCCAAACACUGAAAUUAAAAUUUUCCGUGCACCUGGGGCUAAAGCCAGCGAAUUUUUUUUUUCAAGACUCGCGUGUGAACAAAGUCUUAGAAUGGGAACAUGAUCUAACGAUCCUUUGGAUCUCUAGUAAUGACAUAAAUGUUGAUGCUAACCCAUUAGAAAUUUUCAACCACAUCAAAGAAAUUUACCAAGAAACAAACUGCCAGUCAAUAGUGUAUAUCUGCCAAAUUGAACCUAGAAUUCGUACUAGAAAUAUUCCUGCAGAAAUUUACAAGAGAAUUCAGUGUUGGAUAAAAAAAAAAAAAAAAAAACAGAAUCAAGAGAUCACUUAAAACACCUAAAAUUAAUUUUAACAAUGUGAGCUUUGUAGAAGAGUUAAGUGGUGAUGGAGUGCAUUGGAGUGGAGCUGGCAGAGUGAGAGUUGAGUCUAAGUUUAAAAAGAUAAUUAAAGGAUUCAUUGGGGAAGACGAGGUUGGUGAGUGAGGAGAGGUGGUCGAUAAGUUUAUGGGAGCCUGAAGAAUACUCUUGUGUCUGAAGUUCAUGAGGAUCGAAGCUCUACCCAAGACUUACGUAAUCUACAUCUCACCACAACCAGUCGUGAAAAAUGGAUGAUCAACCCAUAUUUUCACAGUGGGGGGCAAGUUCUGGGGAACAAAUGGAGGAAACUAACCCUAACCCUCUCAAAACCAGUCCAGUAAAAACAGAAGAAAAAAAAAAAAAACAUCAGUACGUUGGAACAAGAAAUAGACAGCCUUAAACAAAUAAUGGCGCAACAAAACCGAGUACUACAACGUUUAGGUGCUAACUUGCAAACUCCCCCGUGUCAUAACGACAACUAAACCCCGUGACAUUCCUGUAUUAGAACUACAUCAACUACAGGGAUUCAAUGCAACUACUCAGCUCAAGAUUUUCUUUGAGCUAGUUGAACAAUGCAGUGAGAUUGAUGCCAGGAGAGUACAAAUAGCCAAAGGAAGAGUUAGUACCGAGAUAGCAGCUCUCAUUCAUAACCAUCAAACCUUACACAACUGUAAUACUUGGGACAGCCUCAAAGGGCUUCUUAACAACCAAUUCAAUAACGAAGUUAAAUUUGAUAGAACAUGGCAAGACACUGACUCUGAAUGUUAUGAUUGGUCUGAGUCACCACAGGCUUUUGUUAAUAAUUUCAUCUGUCGCUAUGCUAUCCUAGAAACACGAUUUGCCAAAGGAAACUCCCUAAUCGUGACAAAACUAUCAAAAGAAAACUAUGGCAAGGUCUUCCUCAAGAAGCUAAGACCAGACUAGAAGGAUUCCUGGAUGAGGAUUAUCCACUAAAUAAAUUUGUCGACAGAGUAGAACAUGAACGACAGUGGCUCGAGGCUACUCAUACACCUACACUAGGUAGAGUUCAACCAGAAAAGAAAGACUAUCCACUCAAACAUGACAUCCAACCUGAAACUCACACUGUAAGUCCUAAUGAUCGAUCCCAAUCAAAUGCUACAUCUAGAGAAUCCUCAGAAGUCGAUGAAAUAAAGAAACAGAUCAAGGACUUAACAGAACAAAUUGGGAAAUUACAAACUUCUCCAUGUCAACCCCAAAAUGAGCGUUACUGCUCACUCUGCCACUCUCAUUCACAUAGUCUGAGAGAAUGUUGGAGGAAACCUAUUAGAGGUUCCUGCUUUGAUUGUCAACAAUAUGGUUGUUGGCGAGGAAGCAAAUAUUACCCAGGAAAACCAAAGACAACAUGACUAGCUCAAGCUCAUUUUUAUCAGCAUAGCUGUUAAUAACAAAAUCGUGAGAGCAGUAGUUGAUACUGGUAGCUGUUACACCCUUAUCAAGGAAGCAACAGUAAAUAAAAUGGGGAGUGAAAUAAAUAAAAGACGUGCCCUUCCUAAUUUGCAAGGAGUCACUGGAUCACCAUUAAUAAUUAGAGAUGUUGCAGUGAGGCUGGUAGAUGCCUAUCAGCGCCAGCAUUUUUAAUUGUCUCCGAUUUCCUGGGGCAAAGGGGUAUCUUAGCUAAAUUUGAAAUCGAUGUGCAGGAAAAGUACAGCAUGAAUUGCUGCACAAGUGUAUCUAAAAUAAAAAAAACAUAACCCUUAAUAUUAAUAUUCAUACUUACUGGUGUAUGAUAAGGCUUUGUUAAUUGGAUUAUAAGAUAAAACUAAAAAUAGGUAAUGAUUUUUUUUAAGUAAGUAUGAACAGUAAAAAUAAAAGGAUGUUGAUUUCGGCUUGUGCAUUUUAUCUGGGAAUGUUGAAAAAUAUCAGAUAUCACGGACACGUCUUGUAUAUGAAAGUAAUCAGUGAAAUAAAAAAAAAGAACAGCACCGCUGGCGGACGUACGACGUACUUAUCUUGAUCAUGAUUCUUCAGUUAAAGAAAGCGCCGCGCGCCGUUACGAAGGAGUGCAAAGUGUAAACAAUAGCCUCUCAGUUCUGCCGAUACAAAGGCCUGACUCAGAAGAAAUACUAGGUCAACCUGUACCAUCAAGAUCAAGCUGGAGCCUGGAAGCUACAAGUAUGCCGAAUUAUACAUGUGCUGUAGCAGACUGCACAUCAGACUCAAGAAAAGGGAAGAGAAACACAGACCAAGUAACUGAAGAUGUCAAACGAUUUGUGAGAUUUCCAAGUGCAAAAAAGGAACCUAAAAGGAGGAAGAUGUGGGAGGAGAGGUGCAGGCGUGCAGGUGGAUGGAAGGCAACACAGAAUCACGCUGUAUGCUCCUUACACUUUUUGGACUGGAACAAUGGACCAUCACCUGAACAUUCAGACCCAACUUUAUUCGCUUAUAAUGGGUGGGGAAGAAACCAUCAUGCAGUUAUUAAUAGGAAGGCAAACAGUCUCCAGUGCCAGGGGCAAGAUGUCAUUGCAGCACCUAACGCCUCAGCAUCCACACAGUGCAACACUGAAACACAGUUUCCUCAAGAAGAGGUGCUACCCCUGAAUGUCCAAGACUGGGGGGAGGUAGAAGUAUGCACUACCACAGAAGAUUCAGAUACUACAGUUCCUGAUGAGAGCUGCAAUGUUUUGGGUGACCACACAUAUGGAGCUUAUACCCAUAGUGAAACUGUUGCAGAGCCAGUAGAUGUAGAGGUGCAGACUGACCAGUUUACAACACUUGAGAAAGCUUCACAAACUUAUGAGGAAGUACAUGAGUGGGAACGUAACAACGUUGUAGAAGACGGAGCAUUACGCAGCGCCUUUAUUCCGAAAAUUCUGAGGAAAAGUGAGAGUAUUAAAAGAUAUACAGGUAUGGAACAAAAGGAUUUCUUUGAUUUGUUUAAUUUGAUAAAAGAUAAUGUGACUGACAUACAUUAUUGGAGAGGGCCAAAUAGUGUCAAGAAUGAGAAUACACCACCAGGCAUUACUAAAGCACAUACAAAAAGGAAGUUGUCACAGUUACAUGAAUAUUUAAUGACCCUAGUACAUAUUAGAACAGGAAUUGAUCUCAGUACUUUAGCAGAUCUUUUGGAAGUAGCACGAAGUGUUACAAGUAGUAUCAUUAUAACUUGGAUUAACGUACUUUAUUUAGUUCUCAAGGACUGGCUUAUAUGGCCAACUGCAGCACAGGUGCGUGCAAGUUUGCCAAAAGAUUUUCCAGAAGAAUAUUCUGACACACGAACCAUCCUAGAUUGCACUGAGAUGUUCACAGUCAAGCCAGCAAAUCCUUCAGCUCAGGCUGCCACAUAUUCCCAAUAUAAGCAUCACAAUACACUAAAAGUACUCAUUGGAAUUACUCCCACAGGGGUAAUAACAUUUGUAUCAAGUGUGUAUGGAGGUAAUACGUCAGACCGUUAUACUGCAGAAGUAGAGUUCAUUGAUAAAGUUGAGCCAGGUGAUGCCAUAAUGGUGGAUAGGGGCUUCAAUAUUGGUGAUCUCAUACUCCAGCAUGGUGCAAAACUACACAUCCCACCAUUUACGAGGAAGGAAGCCAGUAAAGGCAGGAUGCUCACACAAAGUGAAAUUGCAAAAACAUGAAGUAUAGCAACAUUGUGCAUACAUGUUGAGUGAGCCAUCGUAAGAAUGAAGACAUUUAAACUAUUAGGACAGACACUUCACCAAAGGAUGUGGCCCCUCAUGGAUCACAUUGUAGUAAUAGUUGCAGUAUUAUGCAAUAUGAUGCCACCACUAGUGUAGAUUUGACAGAGCACACAAUCUAAAACAACUUAUGUAAAGCUUAUUAUAAUCUCCUAAAGCUUAUUUUUAUGGGUAGUUAUGUAAAUAAAAUUUGGGUGUUAGGGAUCUCUGUAAGAACAUCUCUACUCCAACACUUUCAACCAUGUAUUAUCACCUUUGUAAUAUUAAAGGAUAUGUAAAGAUAGUUCUUUCUUAUAAUUAUUUAUUAAUAAACGUGUCUGAAUCAUUGUGGUAUGGUGAAUAAUUUCUGAAAAUCAAGAACACAGACUUUAUUCCUGAAAAGAAAUUUACAAUAUAUUAUAUACAAACAAUACAAAUGAAAGUAGCAUUAAGAAAAAAAAAAAAAACCUACACAUUAUAAGCAAAUACAAAACUGUACAAAUAACUAUAUACAAAACAACCACACCAGGCAGAAACAAAUAUGCAGUCAUUAUGAAGACCUCUUAAAUAUUACUUGCCUCUGGAGUUUCUUUUGAGUUCAGGAGAUUUGGCAAGACAUAUUUAUAAUAAAAAUCCAUGGCAAUUUCUGCAUUGCUAUCAAAGAAACUUUUAUCAAAAUAAAUCCUCUGCACUGUUAAAUGCGGACUUUUUUGUGUGAACAUUACAAAAUCACACCAAUCCAUCUCAGCAACACCUAAAUGGGCUUGGAUUUGUGUGUACCAAGGAGAGGAAUUUUUUAGUACAAUGCUGUUGUUUUCCCCAAGGGUUACAUGGUAGGUAUUAGAGCUAUGUAUCCAGUAUGCAAUCUGUAUUUAUGGGGGCACUUUAUUUCUAAUAACUCCCUGCCACAACAUUUACAACUGACAAUGCCAUCAGGAGUUGCUCGGAGUAGUGGAUUGUCUUUAUUUAUAAAAAGUCCACACCCUACAAAUUUAAAUUGUUUGUGUUUUUUUCUCAUUUCUUUUAUGUAAAGCUUCUUUGCUAUGGGCUCUGUUUCCUUACCAUAUUUGGUACUCAAAUUAUCUUGUAAGCCUGAGAGUCUCAUUAUUUCAUUUACUAUGUAAUUGUUACUUUCACUGCCCCUGUAGUGUACUGCCUUAUGAAAAGUUGUUGAUGUCAAGGCACCAACUCUGAUCUUUCCACAUACGUGAUUUGUACUGGGCAUGUGUUUUUGAUUGUACGAAAUCCAUAUCUGCACUACCUAAAUGUUGCUUAACAAAAUCAACAAAUGGCAAUGCAGACCUUGAUUUACUAAAUUCCCCUGCAAGUUCAGUGAUUGUGGGUAGCUGCCUGUUCAAUCUAUCAGGGAAAAGCACUUGUUCAUAACACGUUCGUGAUGCACGUUGAGCCAUAAACACAUGAAAACUUUCCCCUGGGUUGAAGUUAGGGUCAAAGGUACAGGCUCUGUAAUGUUCUGAAUGAGGGGUUAUUGAACGUGUUGUAGAGGUGUCCAUCCUGCAAAUCAUGAAAUGCAUUGAAACAUUUAUGCCAAGGCAAGUGAGUUAUCUCUAGGGAUGGAGAAAAACGUGCUGCUAACUAACAAUAGACUAUGUUAUGUAUGAAAGCUCACAAUGCUGGAUUUCAGAACUAUGAGUACCAAAAAGUAAGACAGUGGAUGUACUGAUAAGCUAGUAGUGCUGAAUGCCAUAAAGAUUCACUAGACUUAUUGCCAGAAGAAAAUAAAAUACUGAAGACAUGCAGCAAACUUGCUUCCAAACAUUAAAUGCAAAGCAACUCCUUUCAGACCUCUGUGCCUUACAUGCAUAAUAACAAACAUUAACUCAAGGGCAAGCUAUGAGAAUAGUGCAUUCAGUAAACUAGUAGGUGUUGCUGUGUGGCAGCACCAGGCAUGAGGUUCUUCAUCACACAGGGAACAAUAACAAAUGUGCCUAGAAUCUUGUUCUAUAUACAUUAAGAUGCAAAUAGGAACUAGAAUACACUUUUCUACAUAAUUCUUUCUCGGAAGUGAUAACGGUAUGCACAUGGGAUUAAAAAAAUAAAGAAAUAAAAUAGCCCAUUUCGCUUGACUACAUGGCACAGCGAUGACAUGUAGUGGCUUAGCUCUGAGAAUACCACAUUCUGAAAGAAAUUGUUAUAUCUAAACCUGGGACGGACCACAGAGAUGGUGCUGGGUUGACCACUUUAAAACAGAAAGUACAUUUGAUUAAACUCUUAUAACCUAGAUAAUAUGAGAAUUGAAGACACAUUAUAUUUCAAUAAUACCAUUGCCUACUUUUAAUCAUGGUUGCAAAGUAUGCUGACACCAACGCAGACUAGGAAAGUAUAGGAUAUGCAACAUCAGUCCCAUAGGCAACUAAGAGACUAAUUUAGAGUAUGCAGAUGUACCGUGUUAAAAUUUCAUUGAUAUAGAUCAAUAUUAGGUAAUUAAAAAGCAUAAUAUGUUCGCAUAGAGUACAAUGAUCUCUAUGAUCCAUUCUAUGAAGGAAUGUGGCUUACGAUGAAAUUUUUCACCAAGUUAUUUUGCCUAACCAGUUUGAUGCUACCUAUCCUAUACCUUCCUUGAACCCAAAUUCUUCAAGAUCUGUGCUCAUGAACCAGCCUUAGGAGACUGUUGCUAUUACAACAUACCUGUGAUCUAGAUCGACUGCCUUUGUUUGUUUGGUGUUGCGACGAGGCUUGUUCCACGUACAUGGAAGAUCAGUGCAGGUUGGUGCUGAAGCAUGAUCCCCUCUACGUGACA